CAGGCCUGGCUCCAGGGUGGGACCCCGGUAACCCUCCGGGCCGGGAACUCCGACUCUUUGCUUUUACGUCCAUGAAAGAUCUUCUGACAUAUCCUACUGAAUCUGGUAAUUAAACAUUAUUGCAGGUGUUUGGACAUGUAGCAUAUAUGUUAAAGCUAAAUACUAUUUAGAUAAAAUUAAAGAAGCUACACUGCCCCAGUAUUCAUACAGCUCUCUGCAUGAAUAAACAGUUAUGUUAAAAGGAUUAAAAUCUGCGAUCAGAAAAUAUCUUUUGAUUCUCUGUUACAUAUAAACUGUUUUACUAAAGCAUUACGAACAAUGUGACAACUAUGUUAGUAAAAUUAAAAAAAGAGAAUUAGUGUUAUUUAAGGUUGUUAAUCUGAUUUUUAAUGAUCACUUUGACGCAUUGAUUGCUGGAGCAGACCUGAAUGGGAGGCCUUAUCUCGCGGUGGAAGCUGUGGGACCUGGCAGAGUGAUGGUUGACAAUCGGCUCUUCACUCGUUUCACUAAAUGUCCUCAUUCUCUUUGUGCUCAAGAUUUAUCCACAGCAGUCUUUGUCAGAGUUACUGACAUCAGCAGCCUUCAAAGGCAAGACGCCCCCAGAGAGUCUGAUCAGUCCCCAGAGAUGGCCCGAGCCACUUUAGCAACAUUUACACUGGCGUUUCUCCUCCUCAGCUGGAGUAUUUAUGCUGAAGAAGAUGCAGAAGCUUUACCCUGUCCACCACACCAGAAGGCCUUUGAUGGAGCUUGCUAUGAGCUUAUGGGUCUGCAGUUAUCCUUUCUGGACGCCCAGGCGUGGUGUGAGCGAGGUGGAGGACACCUGGUCUUCAUCCUGAAUGAUGAAACGCAGCAGUUCCUUCAAACGUACCUGGAGCCGGAGAAGGACUGGUGGCUUGGGCUGGCACCUGCAUCUCAAAACCUCACGCUAGAUGCUUCUGAGGGUCCUCUUGCAUGGCUGGAUGGUUCAGAUAUUAGCUAUAAAAACUGGGCGCACAAGCCAGAAGACAAGGCAACCUGUGGACACAUCCUGAGACAAACGGGCUUCCAGUGGAAGGCCACAGAGAACUGCAACCAACAACUCAACUUUGUGUGCACGUUUGAUUUUGGAAGAUCAAUUGCAUGCGAAGGCCAAAAUGCCACACUGCAGUGUGGCUCUGGUCAAGUCAUUGAGGUUGAAGAUGCCUUUUACGGGAGAAAAACGGUUCAUUACUGCCGAUCGCACCACACCGCUGUACCCACGUCUACCCAGGAGGAAUGUAGCUGGAUCAAUGUGGUUGAUUCUGUAACAGAUUACUGCCAUGGACUGCAGGCUUGCCAGGCUCCACCCAACCGGAGCUCCUUCAGCAACCCGUGUCCUCUGCUGGGCAGUUAUAUGUCUGUAGAAUACCGCUGCAAAGAUGGACUUCACUUACUGACGAGCAAAGUGGCGCCUGUUUUUGAAAAUGUCACCAUUACUGUGAAGUGGCUUCUUCAUCCAUUUCAUGGAAACCUGACGUGUGUUGUUGACACUGGAGACGGCCACAUCAUUGACCCAUACAGCCCAAAGGAGUUGGUGUCGAGCAUCAUCCACGCGUUCCAGCGACCUGGCGUUUUUACUGUCGGGGUAGAAUGCACCACCAGUGACUGGCACGUCACAGCUCAGAAAGAAAUAACAAUUCAGGAGCCUGUUGGAAAGUUCAGUGAGAUCCGGUGCUAUAGCGGGGACGUGGCAACAGAUGGAGCUAAAUGCAAUUCACUUCAUAGCUUACCUGUUCAGAUUCAGCUACAGCUGGAAGCAGGGACAAACAUUUCCUAUACAGUUCAUCACAAAGAACGAGUGAUUGCCAACUCCUCAGCUGACAAGGGGAUCACCCCCCACAACACCACUCUGAAUGUUGUGGCGGUGCAAAGUCUUGGACUGGGCUGCCAUAAUCUGAGAGUAGCUGCAGCGAACAGGGUCACAGCACGCAGCGUGUCCUCUGCUCUGCUGCUGUGUCUGCUGGAGCCUGUAAAAGGCCUGCAGGCCUCUGUGAUAGCAGAGGCGGGAGUGUGUCCAGACUCCACCGAUCUCAUCAUCGGAGUCUCGUUGGAGCGGGGAGCCCCAGCUGAGCUGAUUUUUAAUCUCACUGGGGUCAGAGACACGCUGACUGAAACCAGAGACGCGCUCAAUAACAGCUUGCAAACGUAUACGUUCUCCAACCCACUUGAAGGACUUUUGACAGUGAAAGUACAAGCCACGAAUGCUUUAUCAAGCUCUCAGCUGGACGUGGAUUUUGAGACAAUACUUCAGGCGUGUCGGAAUUACUCCGACUCCUCAAAAAGCCAAGAAAAAGAUGACUUGAGUGCUGAGGGCCCCGCGGACUUGAAAAUAACUGCUUCUCCAGACUUGGUGGUCGACCAAACUCAAAUCGUUACUCUGACACCAACUGGAUCAGUAGGCAGCAAAGGACUUGAGUUUGAAUGGAAAUGUAAAGGAAACUGCUCAUGCAGAAAUACAACAACAGAAGAAACUCACGUGAUUGAAAAAGACUGCCUUCCAGAUCCGUUUGAAACACUUGAAUACAGUCUAACGGUGAGGAAAAGAAGAUGGUUUCGGAAACUGGUCCACAUUGCCGCAGCUUCAAAGUGCAUCACAGUUGCUCCUUUGAAUGAACUGAAAGACGUCGCCAUCAGGUGUGAUAACUGUGCUUCAUUAAAUGUGAACAGCCAUGCUAAGCUGAGCCUCAGCUGUGUGGCUACUUGCCCAGAUGUAAUCUGGUUUAUUGAGGACCCCAAACCUUUGACUGGUGACCUCGGUGAUUGUUACACCCAGAGCGGAAGAAGGCCGCCUAUUGAGAAGCAGGACGGUGACACUGAGUACACCGUUCACAGUCGACAUCUGAACAUUUCACGGAGCAUUCAGCAAAACAUCAGUGUGAUUGCAUAUGGCAAGACAGUGCCUGGUUUUGUCAAAUACACCAUCCCGAUCCCCGGUCCCGAAGGAGCAGAAACAACUGAUGCUCCUGUCGUCCCCUCGUGCAACAUCUCUCCACCUUCAGGAACUGUGCUUGAUGCUUUUGAAAUUUCCUGCAAGGCAACUCUUUUCUGCUCCACAGGCUGUCUUUACUGCUUCAAAACCAGCACAGGUAAACAUCUGCGAUGCAGCAAGACAAAUGAGGUUAAAUCAGUCUUUUUGCCUUUCGGGGAUGAAAAUAACAACUACAGUUUGUCUGUGGUGGCAACGAUGAAAAAUGAGUAUACUACGUCUACUACAACUCUUACUACUCAGGUAAGGAAGAGUAGCUCCAGUGCUUCUGUAAUCGCACUGCAGUCUGCAGUGGAAGAGACUGUGAAUCACUUAGAGCAGCAAGGCCUGCUGUCUGGUGAGGCACUCGCACAAAUAUUCACCUCAAUUUCUGAUCUGCUGAAUGUGGAGGAUGGUGAAGAUCAGAAGGAUAACAGGUCAAAGCUCCGAGAGCAAAUGUUGACCAAAAUUUCAGAGGUUCUGUUGGACUCGCCCAGCAACUCCACCCAGGAGGUUCAAGUGACGGCUGAGGCCGUGGCUGGACUCACGCUGAUCUCAGAUGAGCUCAGUCCUGCAGCUCAAGAGGAAGCAGGCUCGUUGUUAGUAAACCUCAGCUCCUCCCUCAGAACGAUAAGUGUCAACCAGCCCAGCACUGACGACGGAAAUGUGGUCCACGCAGCAACGCCGAUCGUUGAAGCAGCCAGUAAUGUUUUGACCGUUUCAUCGAAUAAAAAAGUCUCAGAUUUACUUCUGACUGGGAUCAACAACGUUCAGAGUGCUCUGCUGAAUAACAAAGAGGUGAAUGGACAAGCUGUCAUCAUUGAUUCUGGUCAGAUCAGUGUGUAUGUUAACAGGAUGACAUCUGCAGAUGUGCAAAUGCAGAACAUAAAUGUCCAGAAGAUGAGCUCCUCCAGAUUCUCAUUUCCUUCACUUCCUGCUGGCGUCAUCCCCUCAGGGGAGCCAGUGGAUGUCAGGAUGAUGAGUUUUGAGAAGAAUCCAUACUCCUGGAAAGAGGACAACAUCACAGGAGCUGCAGGAUCUCUUUCUCUCACCAGAGUGAAUGGCACCAUCAUACCUGUGGAGAACCUACCUGAAGGAAUUGAGAUUCUCCUGCCAAGGCUUGAUGCUGAGCUGAACAGUACAGUCCUUGAGCUGGCCAACUUCAGCACAUUAAUGAUUGACGUGCCGUCACCAGAUGUGACAUUGGUGCUGAAAAUGGAGCCAUCUGAAGACAUUUCCUUCAUGGUGUUACUGGGAUUUAAGGAUUAUCCGAACGAUAACAGCUACGUGGCCAAGACUCGGAUCCCUCUAGAAAACCUGAAUGAAGAAGAAAAAUUUACCUGGGUGUUGAGUCCCAAAGACAGAACAGGAAGUGCCGGGGUCCAUUACCUUGUAGUGAAACCUAUUGUUGAGCCGGGCAUCAGAUCUGUCAAUGCCUCUGUUGUCGUCACUUCCAUCGCUGCUCAGUGCAAAUACUGGAACGAAUCCAUGUCCUCUUGGAGGGAAGAUGGCUGCAGGGUUGGACCACUCACCACACCUUUGGUCACCCAGUGCCUCUGUAACCACCUGACUCUCUUUGGCAGCUCCUUCUUUGUCAUGCCAAACUUGGUGGACGUUUCCCGCACAGCUGAACUGUUUGCUACAUUUGCUAACAAUCCUGUGGUGGUGUGCUUUGUGGGGGCAAUCUUUGGUGCUUAUCUGCUGGUGGUUGUGUGGGCGCGCAGGAAAGACAUCCAAGAUUUAACCAAGGUCAAGAUAACAGUCCUUGACGACAAUCACCCUCUGGCAGAGUAUCGUUACAUGCUGACUGUGAGCACAGGCCACCGGCAUGGGGCAGCCACUUCCUCUCAGGUUACCAUAACUCUGACAGGAACAGAGGGAGAAAGUGAACCUCACCACCUGACGGACCCUGAAAAGCCCGUGUUUGAGAGGGGUGGGGUGGACAUGUUUCUGCUGACCACUCACUUUUCUCUUGGAGAUUUGCAGAGCAUAAGACUUUGGCACGACAACUCAGGCAAACACCCUGCAUGGUAUCUCAAUAAAGUGACGGUUCAGGAUGUGGAAAAUGGUCAAAAGUGGCACUUUUUAUGUAACUCCUGGCUGGCUGUGGAUGUGGCAGAGUGUGUUCUUGACAAGGUCUUCCCUGUGGCGUCAGAGAGCGAUUUGAAGAGAUUUAGUAACUUGUUCUUCUCAAAGACAGCCAAAGAUUUUCGAGAUGGACACAUCUGGUUUUCAGUCAUUAGUCGACCUCCCUGCAGCACUUUCACACGUGUGCAGAGAGUGUCCUGCUGCUUUUCCCUUCUGCUUUGCACCAUGUUGACGAGCAUCAUGUUUUGGGGAAUUCCCACCGACCCCUCUGAGCAAACUAUGGAUCUAGGUCACAUUGAAUUUACCUGGCAGCAGGUUAUGGUUGGAAUUCAAAGCUCCAUCAUCAUGUUUCCCAUCAAUCUCCUCAUCGUGAGCAUCUUCAGAAACACUCGUCCUCGAGAGAAAACUGCAAAAACCGACAGAUCAAAACAGGGAAACACUGUUAAAGUUUCUCCCUCUCAGAAUGGGACGAAGGACAUCACUCCAGAAACUGUGAUCAAGGACAUAAAGAGAAUCGCUCAAUCCCUCUCAAAAGCUACAAAAUUCCCACACAUGGAGUUCCAUCCUGGACAGCAGGCAGACAUCAACACCCUACUGUCUGUGGUGGAGGACAUCAUCAGGCAGCAGAACCGGGCAUCUGGAGACUUCUACACCACCAGGUCCGAGAGGGGUUGUGCCAUGAUUCUCAGUAUAGGCGCAGUGAAUCUUCAUGAAAACAGCACAUGGGGGAGCCCGGAGAAGACACCAGAUGAAGUUCAGAAGAAGUCCAACAAUAGCCAGUGUCUGUACAAGCAGUUGCGUCAUGUUGAGAAGGAGCUUGGUCUGCUCGGACCAUCUCGUUUUCCAGAACCCGGCAGCUACGACAGGGCGGUGCAGCAAGUUCAGGGAAUGAAAAGGCAUCUGGAGCUCCAUUUGUCCUCCUCCAACCUGGAUAGAGAUCAGCUCAGUCGCAGUCCCAGUCCAGAUCAGAGCAUCAGCGGUGACGCACACCAGAAGUGCUGCCAAGGAGGGCUGCCAUGGUGGUUUGUGUUUGUUGGGUGGAUUCUGGUGAUAGCGACCAGCGGUGUGUCGGGAUACUUCACCAUGAUGUACGGGCUGACAUAUGGAAAGGAUCGCUCCAUAAACUGGCUCAUCUCCAUGGUGGUUUCCUUCUGUGAGAGUCUCUUUAUCACCCAACCUUUGAAGGUUCUUGGUUUUGCUGCUUUCUUCGCUCUGGUUCUGAAAAAGGUCGACCAGGAAGAGUUUGGAGAGCCUCAAAUAGACGAGAAUUUCAGAAAAACAGAUGAUCCGGAUGUGGUGCGUGUCGCGAGAAGAGACAGCACAUGCAGUUUCUAUCAACCUCCACCUCCUUCUGACAUCGAGAAGAUGCAGAGAAAUGUGAUUAAAGAGCAGAAAGUUUUCUCACUCAUCAGGGAGAUCCUCGUGUACAUGGGCUUUAUGUGGGUGUUGCUUCUGGUGGCUUAUGGUCAGAGGGACCCCAACUCUUAUUUCCUGACCCGCCACAUUCGCCAAAGCUUCAGCAAGGGCAUCUCCAGCACCAUGAGCAUUCAGGACAUGUUCAACUGGGCAAACUCAACUUUACUGAGCAACCUUUAUGGAAAUCACCCAGGAUUCAUCACUGACGGAAACUCAAAGCUGGUGGGGAACGCUCGUCUGCGGCAGGUGAGAGUGCAAAAACACUCAUGUCGCGUUCCUCGCUCCAUGAAACAGUCUGUGUCCGACUGUCAUGCUCCAUACUCAUGGGAUUCGGAGGAUAUGGGCUUCUACGGUCCUGGUUGGAACCGGCCCAUGGGUGAUAACGCAUCAGUGAACCUCCACAGUCCAUGGGCGUACAAGUCUCAGAGUAAACUGAGGGCUUAUCCUGUCUGGGGUAGCGUGAUUCUUUAUAGAGGAGGCGGGUUUGUGAUGGAUCUGGGGCCAGAUUUACAGAACUCAAGGAGAACUCUUCAAUACCUUUAUGACAACACCUGGUUUGAUGCGUACACCCAAGCGAUCUUUGCGGAGUUCACUGUGUAUAACGCAAACGUGAACCUAUUCUGCAUUGUCACACUGAUGCUGGAGACUACAGCCACAGGAGCUUUCCAGUUCCGCAGUGAGCUUCAGAGUGUGCGUCUGUACCAGUCAACGGGUGGCCUUCACAUUUUUGUCAUGGCUUCUGAAAUCGUCUAUUUUCUCUUUAUCUUCUUUUACAUGUUUGCUCAGGGAAAGCUGAUAAAAACACAGAAAUGGGAUUAUUUUAAGUGUAAAUGGAACCUGCUUGAGUUGGCGAUCAUCGUUCUCAGCUGGAGUGCGCUGUCUGUCUACAUUAAGCGGACUUUACUGGGGAAGCGGGACAUCAGCUACUAUCAGGACAACAAAAACCAGUUUGCCAGUUUCCAUGAGACGGCCCAGGCUGACGCCACGCUCGGGUAUCUGAUCGCCUUUCUGGUUCUGCUGGCUACGGUCAAACUGUGGCACCUGCUGAGACUGAACCCAAAGCUGCACAUGAUCACAGCCACUCUGCAGCGAGCUUGGACUGAUAUUUCAGGCUUCCUGGUGGUCAUGACCAUCAUGUUCCUGGCCUACUCCAUUGCCUCUAACCUGAUGUAUGGCUGGAAGCUUUACUCCUAUCGGACUCUGCUUGAUGCUGCACAAACUAUAGUCAGCUUGCAGCUUGGUAUUUUUAACUACGGAGAGGUUCUGAACUAUAAUCCUCUGCUUGGGGCUUUCUUCAUUGGCUCCUGCAUUGUCUUCAUGACCUUUGUUGUGUUGAACCUCUUCAUCUCCGUCAUUCUUGUUGCUUUCAGUGAAGAGCAGAUACAUCACAAGCCAUCAGAAGAGGAGGAGAUUGUGGACCUGAUGUUAAUGAAACUCUGCAGUUUGUUUGGACUCAAACGAAAGAAGCAAGCUGGUGAUGACCAAACUGAGGGUCAUGCUAUGAGAUCUGCUUCAAAUAACACACCCUCUGCAGUUUCUUUUUAAGAUGUUUAUAAAGGAUGAUGUUAAUUCUAGUUAACUUCAACACUGCAACAUAAUUUGCUUCAGUAAUCACCUGCUGCUUUGUUUUGUUGCCAAGUGAAUGUUUGUGACUUUAAAGCAGUGCGUAACUGUAAAGCUGCAGAUUUGUCACUGUUGCAUUAAAAGUGGAAACAUGUAAUGAAGAAUGAAGUUAAUGUCUCACACUGAAUUAUUCUAUUAAACAAGCUGAAAAAAAUUAA